GCAGGAGUCGUGUUAAAGUUGGCGCCGGCGUUCCCCGAUUCGUGUUCGCUCUUGGACGACGGCGGCGACGGCGGUGGCUCCGUGCGCUCCUGCUUCCUCUUUUCUACCCUCCAUCUCAAUUCCUGGCCUUUCCAUCUUCGAAUCGUCGCUUGUAGGUGUGCACAUCCAGAGGGCAGCUCGAGCCGGCGUUUGAUUCGGCUUCUUUUGGUGUCGGCUUUUCUUGCGCCUUUGGAGCGAUUCGGUCGUGGCCCAGGAAUCUUUUCUCAUGUUGCUGGCUUUAUGGAUAAGAAUAUCGAAAGGAGGUUUGCAAUAUGCUUGCCUAUUGCAUUAACAGCAUCAGCAUCAUUAAUGGGAACUACAUAAAGCUUAUUCUCCACACUCUCAAUAAGGCUAUAUAACAUCAACAAGCUGGUAGUUCUAAUAGGCUUCAAUAGACAAUGAAUAAAUGGAAAGAAAUGGAAACUCGGUUAGCAUUACCAGCAGUAAAGGUAACUGUAGAGCAGCAACUCUGUAAGUCUGGAAAUUCUGGUGUUAUCUCAUCAUCUCUACCUGAGUUACCAGUCAUUGUUGAAGAACGGUUCCCUGAAUUACCAGAUUCCCAACUGAUUCCAAUGGAUGAAAUGAGGAAUCUCUUAGUUUCUCCUUACAGUCCUUAUGUUUCCAACACUGGAAAUGCUCAAAACUUGCACUCAUCGCCUUCAGGAUUUUCUUCAGUUUUUCAUCAUCCUCCAAUAGUUCCCCAUGAGAGACAUGGAAAUACAAAUAAUACUGCUAUUAAUGCUGGAAACUCAUUGUCCACCUACUCAUGCAAAGGAGCUUUUCAAGCAUCGAUUGAUAACUUCUCCAAAGAUUCAGCUGAAGUGGCCUGGAGUCUAGAUUCAGUUCAGGGAAUUCUUAACUCAGAUGAUGACAUUCCUGGGAGCAAUCCUAUCCAAAGUAGCUCGGUUAUGAUAACUGAUGACCUUAAUAAGCAAAAAGAAUGGUGGACCAAUAUUGAGAAUGAAGAUUGGAAAGAGAUUCUUAAUGACACAACUAUUGUUGAAUCUCAAUCAAAGGUUGUGUACCCGGCUGUACAAACUUCCCCGAAUGUAUCUAUUCUCCAUUCACAAAUUUAUCAGUCUAUUCCAUGUCAUUCUGGAGAUCUUAUAGCUGUCACUAGUCCACUGUCCACUACUACAGUUGCGGCCAAGCCACGUAUGAGGUGGACUCCAGAGCUACAUGAAUGCUUCGUAAAUGCUGUCGAUCAACUUGGUGGUGGUGAAAAAGCUACUCCUAAAGGAGUACUGAAACUCAUGAAAGUGGAAGGUUUGACAAUAUACCAUGUGAAGAGUCAUCUACAGAAAUACAGAACAGCCCGCUAUAGGCCAGAUUCAUCUGAAGGGAUGUCUGAAAACAAAGCAACUCAGAGUGAGGAAAUCCCUCCUCUAGAUCUGAAGAAAGGUAUUGAUCUAACUGAGGCAUUGCGGCUCCAGAUGGAAGUUCAGAAACGCCUUCAUGAACAACUUGAGAUUCAGAGAAAUCUACAACUCAGAAUUGAGGAGCAAGGGAAGUACCUGCAGGUGAUGUUUGAGCAGCAAUGCAAGUCAACCAUGAACAACUUCAACACUCCUUCCACUGCAGAAGAGCCAUCAAGUGUAUCUUCUGAUCCGAUUGACAUGGCUGCGAAGACUGAUACCUCCAUCAAUUCAAAGGGAGCAGAAAGUUCCAAGCAAACAGCUACCAAAAGGAAGAUGCCAGAGCUUGAUCCUUCAAAUCCAAGUAAUGCAGAUGCUAUCAUCGGGUGUAGAUUUUUCAGUCUCACCUUGAGAUGGUGGCAGGUUUUGGGAAAACCAUUUCAAGAAGUUGUAUAAGUAUUCAAUGUCGCAUUGUUCAGGAUGAAGGCAAGUCUUUUUUUUCAGGACAAUUAUGCCAUAAAAAAUGUUGACUGGAGAUAUUUAUUCCUUCAAUAAAAGUGUUAAUGCA